CUGAAGGAACGGUUUGAGGAAAACCCUUUAUAUUGGGAGGAAUUACGAAGACAAUGAGCUUCUCAACGAGGUGUUAAAAAAAACACCAUGCCAUGGUCAAUUGUUUAGCGUUAGAACUGAUUAACUACAAAUCAACUAGUCCCCAGCAUAUUCAAAACAGUUUGCUGCAGAAUACUCUUCUGAUCAUAGCUUAUUCUGAUCUGGCAUAACAUUGAAAGUUCACAAAAUGGCAAAAUUAUUUCUUCUUGCUAUCCUGGGGAUCUUUCUGGAGUCCAGCAAAGGUUUCAGCCAUCAACAUACCUUGCCACGUGUGUACCUCACAUCUGAAGAUUUGAAGGCCACUCAUACAUCUCAGUUUUACGGUGUGUCCUCAAAACCUUUGGAUUACAGAAUCUUGUUAAUGGAUGAAGAUCAAGACCGUUUAUAUGUGGGCUGUAAAGAUCACAUUCUGUCUCUCAAUGUAAAUAGCAUCAACCAGAAUCCCCUGGCUGUUCACUGGCCAGCAUCGAGCAAUAAAGUGGAUGAAUGCAAAAUGGCUGGCAAGGAUCCAAAUAACGGUUGUGGUAACUUCGUUCGUGUCAUACAAGUUUACAACCGAACUCAUCUAUUUGUUUGUGGAAGCGGAGCAUUUAGUCCCAUCUGCACAUACAUCAACAGAGGUCGCAAAUCUGAGGAUCAAAUAUUCACAAUUGAGUCAAAGAAUGAGUCUGGAAAGGGCCGUUGCUCAUUUAACCCUCAGGUUAACACAGUGUCCUUUAUGAUCAAUGAAGAAUUAUUUUCAGGAAUGUAUAUAGACUUCAUGGGCACUGACGCAGCAAUAUUCCGCAGUGUGACAAGAAGAAAUAGCAUAAGAACAGACCAGCACAACUCCAAAUGGCUAAGUGAACCUGUGUUUGUCGAUGCCCAGAUCAUUCCCGAUGGCACAGACCCAAAUGAUGCAAAAUUAUACUUUUUCCUACGGGAGAAAGUGACUGAUGAUAAUGGCAAUACCAAGCAAAUUCUCUCCAGGAUUGCCAGAAUAUGUCCUAAUGACAUAGGAGGUCAGCGCAGUCUUGUCAACAAAUGGACAACAUUCCUAAAGGCGCGAUUGGUGUGUUCAGUGAUAGAUGAUGAUGGCACUGAAACUCACUUUGAUGAAUUACAGGAUGUAUUUUUAUUAGAAACAGAAUAUCCCAAAAGCCUCCUUGUCUAUGGACUGUUCACCUCUUCAAGCUCAAUAUUUAAAGGUUCAGCUGUGUGUGUUUAUAACAUGCUUGACAUUCACACUGUGUUCAAUGGACCAUUUGCUCACAAGGAAGGACCAAAUCAUCAAUAUGUUCCAUACCAAGGCAGGAUUCCAUAUCCAAGGCCUGGCACAUGUCCCGGAGGAGCCUUUACACCAAACACAUUGUCAACGAAGGAUUUCCCAGAUGAAGUGGUUGCAUUCAUCCGAAACCAUCCCAUGAUGUAUAAUGCUAUUUAUCCAAUCAAUAAACAGCCUCUGAUUGUGAGGAUUAACGCUGAUUACAAGUACACCAAGAUUGUAGUCGAUCAAGUGAGGGCUGCAGAUGGAAGAUACCAUGUUCUCUUCCUUGGCACAGAUAAGGGAACUGUCCAGAAAAUUGUUGUUUUGCCUAAAAAUGCAUCAACUAAUGAAGAACUUAUCUUGGAAGAACUGGAAGUUUUUGAGAAUCAAUCAGCUAUCACAACAAUGAAAAUUUCAUCCAAAAAGCAACAGUUAUACGUGAGCUCAGAUGAAGGUAUUGCGCAGAUUUCCUUUCAUCGUUGCCAUGUCUAUGGUACAGCAUGUGCUGACUGUUGCUUGGCCAGAGAUCCUUACUGUGCUUGGGAUGGAAAAUCCUGCUCUAGGUUCUAUCUAACUGGCAAAAGGAGAAGCCGAAGGCAGGAUGUGAGACAUGGUAACCCAAUGACACAGUGCCGGGGUUUUAAUCUAAAAGCAUACAGAAAUGCAGCAGAAACUGUGCAAUAUGGAGUGAAAAACAGCACAGCUUUCCUUGAAUGUACACCAAAGUCACCCCAAGCUUCAGUUAAAUGGUUGACGCAAAAAGCCAAUGACAGAAGAAAGGAGGUAAAGCAAGAUGAAAGAAUUCUAGUGACCGAGCAUGGCCUACUGAUUCGUUCUGUACAAAAUGUUGACCGAGGGCUUUACCACUGCAUUGCUACAGAGAACAACUUCAAAAGCACAGUGGUGAAAAUCAAGCUGAAAGUUGUGGAUCCAGACCAAGUUACCCCUAUAAUCAACAAAGGGACGUCCUGGACCUGGGGAGCUGCACAUAGUCUGAGUGGUGUGCAACUUCUUCACAAGGACUUGGUAGGACUAUUUAGUUACUCCGAAAUGCAAGCGAUCAAUAAGUACUGCAAGGAGAGUUGGCAUCAGCAAAGACAGACUGAGAAGGGGCAGUCAAUCAGAAUAGAUCACCCAAAACUAAAGGCACUUAUUGAUAGACGAAAAAGUCGAAAUAGAAGAAACCAGUUGCCUGGCACUUAAGAACUGUCUUAUGUAAUAAUUAUUUGAUGGUAUGAAACUAUUUAAUAUGAACUGUACAAAAUCCAUCUGUAGUCACCUUGUUCAUCUUUUUAUCUUCACUCCAGAAUUUAGCUGUACUUGGGAAUGUCUGAUCAAUCUGUGAUUAGCACAGCAUUUUAAACUGUAAUUUUUAUGUGCUACGUAAUAUCUUCAUCUUACGUAAAGUCCAGACAUUCAUUUAGAUUUAAUUCCUGUCUAUUUGUAAUAACUUGUAAGGAGGCCAUUUUCUAUUGGUCUGUUUUUAAUAGUAAAUAGUACUGGUUCAAACUUGUACUUACAUUCUGUAAACUAAAUCUGCUGUAAGCCUUUCAUUUUUAACCCCACUUAUAUUUAGCUCUGUGCCAAGGCCGUGGGUUCCACAGGUCCACCCAUAUGACCAAGCAGGGUGGGGCCAAAGCAUCUGGUUCACUCAUGAGAAAAUGUUAAAUUAAGUGUGGUGUGGUACUACUUCAGUUCUAAUGACCUGUGACUUCCCUUUUCUGGUAAGGGCCUGGAAGGUCAAAGGUAAUAUUGGACCUACACUUUAGUGUUAUUUGUAUUUCUAUAAAAUGAGGGUAAUGCCAUUUUAAGUGCAAAACCUUGAAACAGCAUUAUCUUAAGCUCUUCAGAAUCCAAUUCUGUAAAUAACCAUUAAAUGUAUUGCAAUAUAUUGGAAAGUUGAGCUAUUGAACUGUAGAAGGAGACAUAUGUCAUGGAAAUAUGUUAUCUGGAAAACUUCAAAUUGCUCUGCAACAGAAAUAAAGACAGAAAAUAUUGGAAAUACACAACACAUCUGUCAACAUUUACAAGAAAAUUUAAGAGUAGCAUUUUGGGCAGAUAUCCUUCAUCCAACUCCAUUGAAAGAUUUUUUUGAAAAUGCUACACCUUUAUCUGUCAGAUAUCAAUUCUUCUCUUACGUCUUUGCAGUUUCUGUUUUUAUUUCAGACUUUUACAAUUUAUGUUUUGCUUCUUACUGAUACAUGUCAAGAAUAUAAAAAUCACCACUGCUCCUUGUAAUGAAAAUGAUCUACAAUAAAAAUUGGAAAAUAUUGGGACAUUCUAAAAGGAAAUUAUCACUGGGUGAAUAAUAGAUUCUGAGACAAACUCCACUGAAUGGCCCAUCUAUACAUUGAAUUUCAAGAUUCAUUGACUAUUGUAGCUGAACACAACCCUGCAAGUCAUCAGCAACUAAGACUGUCAUAAAUACUGUCUCCAUCAUUCCUAUUAGGAUUAAAACUACAGAACUAAUAGAUGAAUGUUUCCUGAGAUUUUAUUGUAAAUGAAAUGUUUAAGAUAUUAUUUGGUAUGUUUAAGUGUUUUUUGGUAUGCUGUUACAUGUAGAUUAAGUACAAAAGUUCUCAAAUUUAAACAUUUCUCUUCCACUUGCCAAUGCAAAUAGUUAGUUAAUUUGAGUAGGAAGGAUAUCAAAUAUUAGUGUACAGUUUUUACUAACGUUAAAUUGCUGGCAGGAUGUUAGCAAAUUAAAGAAAUGGAGAACAUGUUCCUAACAAAAUGGCAGUUAAAGUAUAGAUGAAAUAUAGAUUAAAUACUUCUGCUGGACUAAUUUAUGUCAAGAAAACAUGACACAAUGUACUUUCA